AUGCAGGCUCUAUGGGCUCUGUGGAUGCAGGCUCUAUGGGCUCUGUGGAUGCAGGCUCUAUGGGCUUUGUGGAUGCAGGCUCUAUGGGCUCUGUGGAUGCAGGCUCUAUGGGCUCUGUGGAUGCAGGCUCUAUGGGCUCUGUGGAUGCAGGCUCUAUGGGCUCUGUGGAUGCAGGCUCUAUGGGCUUUGUGGAUGCAGGCUCUAUGGGCUCUGUGGAUGCAGGCUCUAUGGGCUCUGUGGAUGCAGGCUCUAUGGGCUCUGUGGAUGCAGGCUCUAUGGGCUUUGUGGAUGCAGGCUCUAUGGGCUCUGUGGAUGCAGGCUCUAUGGGCUCUGUGGAUGCAGGCUCUAUGGGCUCUGUGGAUGCAGGCUCUAUGGGCUCUGUGA